AUGUCCCCAGCUGCGAUUCAGGUCGAAGACCGGGUGCAGGAAGUAAAGGAGAGAAGUCCGGAGGUCGAAAGCGAUGUGUCGACGUAUGUCACGAGCGACGACUUCUCUACUGCCUCGGAGAAGCAGUCUGGUGUUCGACGCCCUUCCAUGUUCAGCCACGGAGCUGUGCUGCCCGCAGCCAUGUGCCUUAGCAAGGCUGCCAUAGGCGCAGGAGUUUUGAUCAUGCCAUCACACGCAGCGGAAGCGGGCAUCGUCUUCCAAACCGUCGCGUUACUCGGAGGAGCUGUUCUUACGCUGGCGAGCAUUCGUUUCAUCGCCACGGCCUGCAUCGCGACAGGCUGCUUCAGCUACGAGGACUUGUGCGAUGAGUUGCUCCAUCCUGCGAUGGCCAUCUUCACUGGUUUCAUGAACACUGUGAACUGCAUUGGUUCUGGGGUUGGCUACCUCAUCCUUUGCGGCCAACUCUUUGGCGUGGUUACUGGUGCAUCAGAUCCUCACUGCAAGUUGUUUGUGGUUCUCACGGGCGUCUUCGUUUGUGCUCCACUGGCCACGGCCAGGCACGUCAGCUGCAUGCGGCACCUGGCUGCGGGGAGCAUCGCUGGUCUUCUCAUCUUGGUCGCUUGCGUCAUGUGGUAUUAUGCCGAACACGGAGCAGAUGAGACAAUUGUCACCCCAGGCGAUCUGCUUUCAUCCUCCACGGCCACGACCUUCACUUACAUGGCAAGCAUUAACAAUGUCGUCUUUGCCUACAACAAUCAGUUCAUCGUGCCGAAACUUACCGGGGAGCUGAAGCCGGAGCCGACGACGAGGCGUAUGCACACGGCAGCCGUCAUUUGCUUGAUCGUGUGCUUUGCGGUCUACAUCUUGACAUCUCUGUUCGGCAUGCUGGCGUUCGGCAUCGGGGAUCACCAAAAACAUUCCUUGGUUAACUCCUUAAAGCCGGUGGGGAAGAACCCCUUGGUGGUGCUUACCAUGUUGGGCCUGAUGCUCAGCGUCCUCACAUGCUUCCAGUUCCAUGUCUACCCGGUGCGUCAGUUCGCGGCGUAUCUCGUGCGACGCAUCCGCAAGCGUGAGGCCAAUACUGAGAAGGGGGACAAGGUCAUUUGGGGCAGAACGGUGACUAGGUGGUGCGAUAUCUUCUGUGCCCUCUUCAGCGUAGCUGGGAUCAUCUUCAUUGCAGUGGUCGUCAAAGACCUGAGGGCGGUGCUGGGUUUUGUAGGGUCCUUUGCAGCGGCCUACAUUGGCUUCAUCGUGCCACCCGUUUGGCUCCUCCAAGUCCGACGCCGCUCUCCAAGCUUCCGCUGGUGCAAGGCUGAGACCCAGCUUUGCUUGCUGGUGCUCUCCUUGGGCAUCUUCUUCUUUGCAUUCGGUACCUAUACAGCAAUGUCGUCAGCCUAA